AUGAAGUCCAUCCACACAUACCCAGAAGACUAUGAUGGUGCUAUGGCGGGUGCCCCAACCUGGUGGAUGACACACCAGGCAUUCUACAACUACAAGCAGACAACUAUCGGCGGCUGCUUCUUCCACCCCGAAGCCCUAGCCUGCAGCAGUAACAAGACAUCCAAUUGCCUUACUGCACCAAAACUAGAUACCCUCCACAAGAUCUACAACGACUGGACCACCUUCGACCAAGACCUCAUCUACCCCGGCGCAUGGUUCGGCAGCGAACCCACCUGGAACACAACCUUCGGCAACCAGCACUCCAAAUCAUGGUACAUAGAGAACAUCCUCGGCUUCAAGAACCUCACAGCCCAGGACCUGACAUACAAACUCAUCGCCGAGGCAGACGCGCGUAAUCCCGCCCACGCAAACGCAUACGACUUCGACCUGUCUCCUUUCUUUAACCGAGGCGGGAAAUUCUUCCACUGGCACGGCAUGUCGGACUCAGUGGUACCACCGGGUUCAAGUGUGUACUAUCACCACAAAGCCACGUACGCUGCCUUGGAGAAGGGCAUCGACAUUGACCAACAUUAUCAGCUUUACUUGAUUCCGGGAUUAGAACACUGCACCGGCACCCCCACCUGCAUGUCCGCCCUAUGGUACCUAGCGGGCCCAUACCAAGCCGGGAACUUCUUCAACUUCACCCCCGCCAACGUUGUCGACAACUACGUCCAUGACUCUUUCCUCACGCUGAUCAGCUGGGUAGAGGGUGGUCAUGCCCCGUCGUAUAUGGUUACCACGAACUUUGAGGAUAAUGCAGAUCCAACGACGCUGCUUCAUAAUCGAAAGAUUUGCCCGUACCCGAGACAGGCGAAUUGGACGCAGACUGGUAUGUCGAUACAUGAGGAUUAUUGGGAUUGUGUUGAUAUGUAA